AUGUCCUACCCCCAGUUUGGAUACCCUUAUUCAUCUGCACCUCAGUUCCUGAUGACCACCAACUCCUUGUCAACUUGCUGUGAGACCAGUGGUAGGUCCUUGGCGGACUCGGGAGCGGCACCCUCCACUCAGACCCCUGUCUACUGUCCAGUAUAUGAGAGCAGGCUGCUGGCCACAGCCAGGCACGAACUCAAUUCAGCAGCUGCUCUGGGAGUCUAUGGGAAUCCCUACACAAACACUCAAGGCUAUGGCAAUUAUGUCACUUAUGGGACAGAGGCAUCAGCUUUCUAUUCCUUGAAUAGCUUUGAUUCGAAGGAUGGGAGUGGAUCUGCGCAUGCGGGCAUUACCCAGGCGACCGCUUACUAUCCCUACGAUCACACGCUCAGUCAGUAUCAAUAUGACAGAUAUAGCACCAUGGAUGGAGGGACAAGGAGGAAAAACGCCACUCGGGAAACAACCAGCACGCUGAAAGCCUGGCUGCAGGAGCACCGCAAGAACCCUUACCCAACGAAAGGCGAGAAAAUCAUGCUGGCCAUCAUCACCAAAAUGACCCUGACGCAGGUUUCCACCUGGUUUGCCAAUGCCCGGAGGAGGCUCAAGAAGGAGAACAAAAUGACAUGGCCCCCGAGGAAUAAGUGUGCCGAUGAAAAAAGACCCUACGAGGAAGACGAGGAUGGAGAAGGUCAAGGGGAGAAUCAAAAGAAUGAGAAAGUUGAGGAAUCCUCCGGGAAGGAGGACAAAGAGCUGGGCCUAAGCGAUCUGGACGACUACGACCCACUAGAGUCGGAAAGCUCGGAGAGCGAGCUGAAGCCGCCAGCCUUCGGCCACGUGGAGAGCAGCGGCGCGUGCGCCAACGAGCCAAGCAAGGAGCCCACUCUGGUCGCGGUCGCGGGCGGGGCGGCCUCGCUGGAAAGCACCCUGGACAGAACCAAGAGCUGCCUGAAGGAGUCCGCGUCGGGGCCGGAAGGCUGCGAGGCGGCGGAGCUGCUGAACGCCAGGCAAAGAGGCUGCGAGGCCAAGCCGUGUUACCAGCCGCAGCCGCCGCCUUCGCCGCUCCUCGAGGGCGGCGGGAAGCCGAGGAUCUGGUCGCUGGCGCACACGGCCACCUCGCUCAACCAGGCGGAAUACCCCUCGUGCAUGCUGAAGCGCCAGCAGGGGGCGUCGAGCGGCGGCGGGGCGGCGCAGGCGGGCGGCGUCCUCGAGAGGCCUCCGAAGGAUUCCCCCGUUACCAACCUCAGGAACUGGGUGGACGGCGUGUUCCACGACCCCCUCUUCAGACACAGUACACUGAACCAGGCCUUGAACAGCACCACAGUGUCUUGGGCGGCCACCAAGGGCUCCAUCUUGGAGACGGGAGCCUUGGGGCGCUCGCUGGGGGGCGGAGCCGCCGUGCUCAAGGGGCAGCUGGCCGGCCUGGCUGGGCCUCAGGACUCCGGCAAAGACUUCCUGGCUUUUCCCAAAGCGGGCGGCAAAAUGUUCUGCUCUUAA